UCAACUUCCUCGUCGUCACUUCCCUUCUUCCAGCUCUGCAAAUGGCAUUUUCCUGCUAAUCCAAUUCCAAAACACAUAAGAUUGGGUCGUAUUGGUAGCACAUGGGACACCGGAGUUGUGCAACUGAUUCCUCUGUCGCUGCCGAUGACCUCCGCUUCGACUACCUCUCCGGCUUCGCCAAUCACUUCUCCUCCGAGGCACUCGCCGGAGCUCUUCCUCCCGACCAGAACAGCCCUCUCAUUUGCCCCUAUGGCCUUUAUGCCGAGCAAAUCUCCGGCACUUCCUUCACCACCCCUCGCAACCUCAAUCUUCGCAGUUGGCUUUAUCGGGUCAAGCCUUCGGUGACCCACGAACCGUUUAAGCCCCGGGUCCCAUCGAAUGGGAGACUCUUGAGUGAGUUCAAUCAGUCUAAUAGUUCCGCAAACCCGACUCAGCUCCGAUGGAAACCCGUGGAUAUACCCGAUUCACCCACGGAUUUUGUCGAUGGGUUGUUCACGAUUUGUGGUGCUGGCAGCUCAUUCCUACGCCAUGGAUAUGCUAUUCACAUGUACGCUGCCAACAAGUCAAUGGAUGACUGUGCUUUUUGCAACGCUGAUGGUGACUUCCUUGUUGUCCCUCAGAGAGGAAGGCUUUUAAUCCUUACUGAAUGUGGAAGAUUAGAAGUUUCCCCGGGUGAAAUAGCUGUAUUACCUCAAGGGUUUCGUUUUGCUCUUAAUCUGCCUGAUGGUCCAUCCCGUGGAUAUGUUGCUGAGAUUUUUGGUACUCAUUUUCAACUUCCAGACCUUGGACCCAUAGGUGCUAAUGGCCUCGCUGCUCCAAGGGAUUUCCUUGUCCCGACAGCAUGGUUUGAAGACAAUUCCUAUCCUGGCUACACUAUCAUACAAAAGUUUGGUGGUGAACUAUUUGCUGCAGUACAAGAUUUCUCUCCAUUCAAUGUCGUUGCUUGGCAUGGUAACUAUGUUCCAUAUAAGUAUGAUCUAAACAAAUUUUGCCCUUACAACACCGUUCUGUUUGAUCAUGGUGACCCUUCAAUAAAUACUGUUUUGACAGCACCAACUGAUAAACCUGGAGUGGCAUUGCUUGAUUUUGUCAUCUUCCCACCCAGAUGGCUGGUUGCUGAGCACACGUUCCGGCCUCCAUAUUAUCAUCGCAACUGCAUGAGUGAAUUUAUGGGCCUUCUUUAUGGUGGUUAUGAGGCAAAGGUUGAUGGCUUUCUCCCUGGCGGUGCAAGUCUUCACAGCUGCAUGACCCCUCAUGGUCCUGAUACCAAGUCAUAUGAGGCUACCAUUGAUCGCGGGAAUGAUGUAGGACCUCAGAAAAUCAUGAACACGAUGGCAUUUAUGUUCGAAUCGAGUUUAAUACCUCGUAUAUGUAGAUGGGCUCUAGAAUCUCCAUUCAUAGAUCAUGAUUACUACCAAUGUUGGAUUGGUCUGAAAUCUCAUUUUACACCUGCUCGCACCUCAAAUCCUAAAGCAACCUUCUUGCAGAAUGGACAAGACGAGAAGUGAGAACUGCUUGCAGGCGAUUGUAUACGAAACGGAGAAUAAAAAGGAUGCAGAAUAAGUAUUUGCUUUCGUUGUGUACAUAAAAUAUGCACAGGAUGCCAGAUGUAUGUCAAUAAAGAAAGUUUUAAUUGUCAUCAUGGACAUAAAGAAAAUGUUUGGCUUUGUUUAUGUGGAAUAUAAAUAAUGGUGAGCAACAUUCGCGUAUCA